UGUUGAAGUAAAUAUAAACACGUCAAAGAUACUAGGAUACCUGUAAGAAGGAAAAAAAAAGAUGAGUUUGGAGGUCGAUAGCAGCAUGCUGUCAGGAGACGAGUCUUCUGUGUGUAGCAUGGAAGAAGUCGACUAUGAUGUCGCCUCGGAGAGUAGCCGGCCGGAAACCGUUAUUGAGUUGCGUCCUAGUGAGUGGAAAAAAACUUUCGAGGAGGAGCAAGGGCCGGCGAACCUAUUUAAGACGGAAUCCGUCAGCUAUUGCCGCGCGGCCGUGUGUUACAUCUUGAAAAAUUUGCUCGAGAAUGCAUGGCCUUUGGUGAUUGAGUACUAUCAAUUCUGGCAGAAGUGGUUGCUUAUGCCUGAUGAGGAGAAGAGGAGUGGUGGGGAACAUGCGAGCGAGCAAAGAGGGAAACUCCGGACGAUGAUGGGGCACUUUACUUUAAGGCGAGAAUACUCAAGCUUUGUCCCAUUAUUUAUCCUCUGAUAAAAUAGAAAAAAAUAGUUAGAGAUAAUAGAG